AUGGAGCUCGCUGCCCUCCCCGUUGAGCUCCUCGACGCCAUCCUCGCGCCCCUUGCGCCCAACGCCUCCUCCCUGGCCGCUGCAGCACUCUCCUGCGCAGCAAUCAACCCCAGUGCCACCCGCCUCCUCUACCGCCAUCUCGCCCUCUCCGAAUACGCCCACAACACCUCCGUCAUCCGUCUCCUAGCCACACGACGUGACCUUGCCGGCCUCGUCCGCACAUUCUCCGUACACCUAGGCGAUGCCGAUCCAGCCGCACGUCCAAUGUACUCCGACCUCCAGCGUGCCCUCGCGCGCAUGACGAAUCUCACGAGCCUCGCGCUCUACGUCGACGCUUCUGCCAGCUGGAUUCUCUCACCCCCGCAGGCCCAGAAGAGCGAGAAGAGCAAUAUCCUUCACCCGGAGCCCCCGUUCUACCCGCGUCUCGAGCAUCUGACCUGUAACUUCCCGCUCGACGCCCACCUCGCCGCGUUUCUGGGCCAAGUCCCAUCCCUUAUCUCCCUCCAGCUCUCCUCCUUCCUCUCCGACGCAGACGUCCAUUCAGAGCCCGAGCCGGCCCACGUACACCCGUCACAUAUACCUCUCCUCGAGGCCUACACCGGUCCCGCCCGCGUCCUCCCCGCCCUCUCCUCCCGUCCCCUCCGCGCGGUCCACCUCUCCGGCGACCUUACACUUGACCUCCUCCCGCCUAAUGCGAGCGCUCCGUCUGCGGAAGAGGCGAUGCCCCAUCUCCGACAAUCGGGCGCUAUCCCCGAUCUCGAUCAGAGCUCGCGCGCGAGCACAAGCACGGACGCGGACACGGACACGGGCGCGCUCCUGCAGGUCCUCAGCGCAAUGACCAGCGCCGCGCCCGCGGAGCUCCUGGAGACCCUCGCGCUCGCGUACCCCAACUUGGUGUGUGUGCGCUUGAUGACGACGCGCGCGCUUUGGGACUUGCCCGACUUGGCGUUCUAUUCGCGUAUCGCAGACACGCUCUCGACCCUGCCCCAUCUCACGACGUUCGAGCUCUCUGGCAUGCACUGGCAGUCGCGCCGGAAGGCAGAGCCUGCUGCGGCAGUAGAGACGGAAUGGAUCUCGCCGCCGGUCAGCCCGCGCGCGGCUGAGCUCCCGCCGCCGGACAUCGAUGACGACGAGCCGCUCGACUACGACUUCGACGGCGCGUUUCUCGACUGGUCGUACUGAACACCCGAGGAGCAGGGCGUCGGGGGGAGGCGGGGAGGAUGAAAAGCGGACUUCGGGCGCGCGCGCGACGCCGCUAACCCGAGCUCGGUGCGUCGCCGUGAGCGCUUCGUAGCCCGUGGCUUACCUCGUCGUCUCCGGCGGGCCUGUCGAUGUCGUCACGCAUCCUACCCGUCGGGCGAAGCCAUGCUCUGUCUACCCGAUAACCUCUGAGAUCGCCCUUCCCGGACCCGUUGGCGCCCUCUCGAAUUCCGCGAUUGGUGGACCUCCACCAUCCGUCGGCAUCCCUGGCACCAUCGCGCACGGCACACGCCAUCCAAACAAACAAAAAGCACGCUAUAAUUCCAGCGUUCGCCAUCCCUGACUGGCGGCCACCAUUCGGCUAUUUUCGCUUCUUUCGUCCAUUCGCCCCGUCACCCCAGGACUUUCACCACCAUCGCGGCCAUAUUUUUCGGCGCCGCAUCUACGCCUCGACCCCGUUCUCCGCCAUGCCACUCGCAGCAGCAGCACCCUAUUGACAGUUCCGCGGCCGCCGCAGCGCCCGCGUAAUUUAUCGACCCGCACGUCCACUUAGGCCGUGCGCCGUCAUUCAGUUAUCGCCACCGUCCACGCACAUUGCCUGCUUCCGCGUCCCAGGCCCCAGCUCCAGAUCCGAUUCAGCCCAUACCCCUCCACCCACCACCGUAUCCGUAUCCGUAUCCGUAUCCUCGCACCGUCCCAUCGUCGUCCCCGCCGCCGUUUCAUGCGCGUUAAUUUGGAAUGUUCUUUCCGCUAUCGUACCGUCUUAUGUGUCCCCUCUCCCUCUCUCGCAUCUUUUACGUGCACCCCCUGCCCCAGCAGCAGCAGUGACCCGCGCUGCUGCUCCUGCGUCUGCGUCACUCAUACUUAUCGCGCCUCAUGCCCUUCCGAUCGCAAUAGCCUUGCCGCAGCGGUUCAUUUUCCCGCCGCCCGCUUCUUCUUCUGUGGCCGCACCCACACCCAUGCGCCCCGCCCUCCCAUCAUCACUCCUCGACUCCUCCGAACAUAUCGUACUGCUCUCCGCCCGCCCCUGCUCGCCGCUUUAGUCUACCGUAGUACCCGCCUGCUUUUCC